AUGGCGUGUAACAUACCCAACCAAAGACAGCGUACUAUUUCAACCUCAGGAGAAACUCUAUAUGAAAUACUGGGUCUGCAUAAGGGAGCAUCAUGUGAAGAAAUUAAGAAAACCUACAGAAAAUUAGCCCUAAAACACCAUCCAGACAAGAAUCCAGAUGACCCAUCUGCUGCUGAGAAGUUUAAAGAAAUAAACAAUGCCCAUACAAUCCUCACAGACACAUCAAAGAGAAACAUAUAUGAUAAGUAUGGAUCACUGGGACUCUAUGUGGCUGAGCAAUUUGGAGAUGAAAACGUUAACACAUACUUCAUGCUGUCAAGCUGGUGGGCAAAGACCCUCUUUAUCAUCAUCGGCCUCUUGACCGGCUGCUAUUUUUGUUGCUGCCUUUGCUGCUGCUGCAACUGUUGUUGUGGACAUUGUCGGCCCAAAUCAUCCACACCAGAAGAGGACUUCUAUGUGUCACCAGAGGACCUUGAGGAGCAGAUCAAGACCGACAUGGAAAAAGAUAAGGACUUUCCAGUUGUUCUCCAGCCUACAAAUGCAAAUGAGAAAACACAGCUAAUCAGAGAAGGAUCUCGAAGUUACUGUACAGACUCUUGA